AUGACGCCAACUUCUCCUACAAGUUUCUUUUCAAGUUCUUAUCUUGACAUUAAUGCAACACUGUAUGCCAAUGUCUCUUCUACACCAAAUGUGGCUACUCCUGGACUGCUUAUCCCUUUAGUCUACUUAGUUGUAUGUGCAGUAGGGUUGUGGGGUAACACCUUAGUGAUAUACCUGGCAUGGAAAAGUCCUGCUGGACAGAAUUCAGUCACUGCUCUUUAUAUCUUAAAUUUGGCAUUGGCUGAUGAUCUUUUUAUGUUGGGCCUACCUUUUCUAGCUGCCCAAAGUGCCCUGUCCUACUGGCCCUUUGGUUCACCUGUUUGUACGAUAGUAAUGACUCUGGAUGCUGUAAACCAGUUUACAAGCAUAUUCUGCUUAACAGUGCUCAGCAUGGACAGAUACUUAGCCGUUGUUCGGCCCAUACAGUCAUCCAAGUGGCGAAGACCUAGAGUGGCAAAAAUUGUUAACAUCACAGUAUGGAUUCUCUCCUUUUUGGUUGUGCUCCCAGUAGUUUUCUUCGCUGGCGUUCCAAAGGAAUCUGGUAUGUGCCACAUUGCUUGGCCUGAGCCACAACAAGCAUGGAGGACUGGUUUUAUUUUGUACACUGCUGCACUUGGAUUUUUCUGCCCAUUGCUUGUUAUCUGUAUCUGCCACAUACUAAUUGUGGCCCAGCUAAGAUUAUCUGGCAAUCGAGUUAGAGUAGCUCCAGCUCGACGCCAGGGACCUGAACGUAAAGUUACCAAGAUGGUCGCCCUUGCAGUGACCGCCUUCAUUCUAUGUUGGCUACCAUUUUACGCUUUAAACAUUAGCAAUCUUCUGUGGCCUCUGCCUGCAGGUCCAAGACUGUAUGGACUUUACUCUUUUGUUGUAGCUCUGUCAUAUGCAAACAGCUGUCUGAAUCCCAUUAUAUAUGCCCUACUUGCUCGUCCAUUCCAGCGUGGUUUGCGACGUGUCCUCUGCAGGACCUCUGUGAGGGUAGCAGAUGGAGUUUUGAAUGGAGGAGACAACAGAGCACAUGGAGAGCUGAGUAGAGUAAGUGGCAUCUCUGAAGAAAGGAAAAGUCCAAAAGUGGUUGGAGUAAGUGAGAAUGGCCAGAUAGCUGCAAAUGAAGAACCACUACAGCAAGAUGUUGGUCCUUCCUCACAAAAUGCUCUCCCGGAGGAAUUAGGCGCUUCUGAAAAAGAAAACAUGUUAGGCAUAAGUUAUUUGUAA